AUCAGAACUUGUCAACAAGAGAGGCCGACAGACAUGGCAAAGUCUUCCUGAACAAAAUCUCCAAAAAUGGAGCUUCUCUGACCUUUAUUUUACUUUCAGUUUUCUCAAUAAGUUUUAACAUUUUAGAGGAGAAGCAUUACCACAAUGACGGUCACUCACAACCUCUGUGUCCUCCUAGUUUUCACUAUAACAGCAUGCAGCCGUUUUGAGCCUGCCCUCUGCUCUGCCCGCUGUGGGCAUUCCCUCCAAGUCUUAGAUAGUAAAGUGGGAGAGAUAAGGAGUUCUGCUUACCACAGCUGGUCCUACCGCUUCGGCUCUACCUAUGACUGCUGGAUCAUCAAGGGUUUGGAAGGAGAACCUAUCAUUCUCAGCUUUUCCCAGUUCUCAGCACGGUGUAGGAAGGAAUGGGUCUCCAUAAAAUCUUCAGCUGGCGGUGAGCCGGUUGUCCUUUGUGGCUCCAAGUUGCCACUACCAAUGGAGUUCCCAGGAGGAAACAUUACAGUGAUGCACCACUUCCUCCCGCAUCAGUUCCCUGUGUCAUCUUUUCUGUUGAACUAUGCCAGAGACUCCGGGGAAUGCCCAGUAACAUCCUUUGAGUGCCUCGGAGGCCGCUGCCUUCCUCUCUCUUGGCGCUGUAAUGGCCAGGUGGAGUGUCUCGAUGAAGGUGCUGGCCUCGGCACUGAUGAACAGGGCUGUGAUGCAGAAAUGGAAACCCCAGAACCCCCAAAGUAUGGCAGCACACAGGAAGAAGGGGCUGAACCAGAGUCGAACAUAGAGAACCAUGACAAGGACUUGGAGAGACGCAAGACUGUAGAUAAGACUCUUGAGAGAGAUACUGAUUCUGAUCUGUGGGCGCUGCUGAAGGAGAGGGCGGAGGAGGAGGCCCAGGUGGAUCAGGAGCAGCCUCAGACUCACAGGGAGCUCGCUGUGACACCCACUCCCAUUGAGUGGCCCUGCGGAGGCCUACUCCAGACUUUCUAUGGGACCUUCUCCCCUCCAGCCAUCCGGGGACCCGCACUGUUCUGUGUCUGGACUCUGGACCCUCAGGACUCAAGGCCACUGAGACUGGACCUGCAGCAGCUGGUGCUGGGGCCUGGGGAUAGACUCACCGUGUACAACAGAGAGCAAGGCAAAGGCGACGUUAUAAAAAUUAUCACCAGCACGUCCAAUUACAAAUCAGUUCAAGUUGAAUCCCAUACUGGCCUGCUGUCGUUGACCUAUGAGACUCUUCCUGGCUCGGAGGGGAGCGGCUUCAACGCCACAUUCCACGUUGGGACUUACUGCCCCCCCUGGGAGGGCCGCUGUGGGGGAGCAGCAGGAGGUUGCUUUACCCAGGAGCAACGCUGUGAUGGGAAAUGGGACUGUCCCGAGACAGGGAAGGACGAGGAGGGUUGCAGGGGCUGCAGUCCAAACCAGUUUGCCUGCGGGGUGGCGGGCCAAAGAGCGGUGGCGUCUAGCCACUUUGCUGGCAGACCGGUGUGCUACCCAGUUACAGAGAGAUGCAACUACCAGCUGUACUGUGCUGAUGGCAGCGACGAGAGGGACUGCACUGUGUGUCAGCCAGGGACCUUUCAUUGUGACAGCGACAGGUGUGUGUUUGAGAGCUGGCGCUGCGACGGCCAGGUGGACUGUAAGGACGGGACAGACGAGCUGAACUGCACCGUCAUCCUGCCCCGCAAGGUCAUCACUGCGGCAACGGUGGGCAGCCUGGUCUGUGGGCUUCUACUGGUCAUCGCCAUGGGCUGCACCUGUAAACUGUACUCGCUCCGGACCAGGGAGUACAGCUUGUUUGCGCCAAUCAGCCGCCAGGAAGCCGAGCUGAUCCAGCAACAGGCCCCUCCUUCGUACGGUCAGCUGAUUGCUCAGGGCAUCAUCCCCCCAGUGGAGGACUUCCCCACAGAAAACCCCAACGAGACUUCGUCUCUUUCCCUGAGGGGAAUUCUCCAGCUCCUCCGUCAGGACGCCGCCAACUCCCCGCACCGCAGACGCAGGCCCCGAUUUGUCCGCCGUGCUGUUCGCCGCAUGAGGAGGUGGGGCCUAAUCCCAAGACCUCCCUCCAGGCCGAGCCAGGCGUCAAGCUCCAGCCAGCAGCAGUCGGACGCCGCUCCCUCUGGCCAGGAACCGGCUCACUCCGCUCCCGCGAGCUCCUCGUCGGCUGUGGAGGCGGUCAACCAGCCGGUGCCUCAGAAACUUGGCCUGUUGGCCCAUUCGGAGCAGCAGCAGCAACAGCAGCAGCAGGGAGCACCACCUCCUCUAGUGCCGCAGCCUGUCGCAUCCCCACCUCCACCACCAUACGCUCCCCCAACUCCACCCUCGGUCACUCCCCUCACUCCUCCCGUUGCCGUCCCCCCGAGCAGCCCCUCUCUGGCUUCCAUCUUCCACACGCUGGGCCUGAGCAUCUCCCUCUUCAGAGCCUCGCCCUCUUCCUCCACCAACUCCAUGCCCCUCUCCGCCUCCCCUUCUUUCUCCUCCUCCUCGUCCUCCUCAGAUGACGAGGUGCUGCUUAUCCCCCUGUCUGAAGACACCACUUCAGAGGAUGACGUACCCAUGCUCACCUGAAUGACUUCCCCACCCCCGGAACCCCCACACCCCUCUCUUAUCUACUCACUGAUAAUAACUGAAACCCAGUCUUUCCACAUUUGUUUGAACUUAAGCACAGGAGUGGCCCACGGCGAGACUCACCCUCACUGUGCAAGUCUGGUGCCUUUUGAAAUCGCUUUGAGUUGGAUUUGUUGACUUAUGGAAUCAAGUAUUUGAUUUUUUUUUUUUCCGAUUUUUUUUUAAAAAAGACCUCCUUGAGAAAGUUUUAGACAAACAGCAUGGCUGAUGUAUGGUUGAGAGUAAAUGUAGGUGAGUAUUGUGCACUUAAUGAAUGCUAGGCUGCACAUCGAAGGUAAACUUUUGCACAGAAGAAUCUUCCCUAUCCAGAUACUGAGGCAGGCUACUGUCAGGUUGAAUGAUAGAAAACAUGAUAGAAAAUGUUGUGUUUGUAUGACUGCAACUGUGUGAAUGCAUUUGCAUUUCAGUCUUUCAUUGACAGUGGAGUAUGUUUGUAGAUGUGGACGGUCUCCACAUACUUCUGCCACUAGCAUCCAGUCUCAUGUUAUAUCACAGAUAACUCUAAAAGAAGACUCAUUUCCCCUAUUUAAGUGCCUUUUGAGGAGUUUCCUGUAGAUGGCUUGAGGAGAUUUCGAUGAUUCCCGAGAUGCACACUGUACACCAAAACACACCGAGGCACGUUUUUCUCACAUCACGGCACACAUCGACACAUCAGUGGCUUUAUUAUAACGUGAAAAAAAAAUGCAUGUCUACUCUGCAAGCUGGCAAUAACUUUCUGGGACCCCUAUUUUAGCGCACAUUGAUUGCAACAUAACUGCGUGUUUUGAGUACACACACGUGUACCCUUCCCAAGUGAAUGUAUGUAAUCUACAAAUGUGUCAACAGACAAUCUCUUUGGUGCCUGACUUUAGGGUGUUUGUGUGUGUGUGGUUGUGUGCACAGGAAGAUGAGGUGCCCUAGUGAUGAAAGGGGCCCCGAAUUCACAAAGCAACCUCAACUUGAAUCUUCAACCCUUGAGGGGAAUCGAUCGCAUUCUGUCACAUUUUGACACAACAGACUUGUGGUGUGCCAUUUGUAUUAUUGUACAUUUUAUGGUGUUUUUAUUUGAGCUUACUUCCUUUUUUCUCUCUAAGUUCUCUUUUGCUUUGUUGAAUGUAUUAGGGUCGACGUGGAGUAGCCAGAAGUUUUUAAAUUUGCAAUGUAAUGAGUUAAAUAAGAGAGAAAGUGAUUUUAUGGUUUGUUAGGGUCAACUUCACUGUAUAUAAGUAAAAAAAUGUGGCUGAGAUUAAACGAUUUGCACUUU